AUGUUCUUGGCCGGCAAUUUAGCCCCAGCCAUCUCACAGCGACUUUGCUUGUUCUCUUUGUCUGGAGAUACCAUCGGAGUUCGUUUUCUCCAGCUAGAUCUGGAGGCAUAUGUAAAAGCACUAGGUAGAGGCUUCUCAGCCGCACCUUUCAACACUUUUACAAUCAGGUUCAGACCUACGAGUAAUUCUGGUUUGCAUCAUGUCAAUGGGGAUUCCGAUUCUCAGGCUUCUGAAAUUGUAGUUGAAGCAUUUGAAGAUCCCAAGAACCUCACAAACAAUUGGCAAUUCACACUCUUUGAGCUGGCUCGUACACAUUAUGCUGCAAUUUGCAAGGAAAAAGACAAUAUUUUCAAUGGUGAGGUAACUGACAAGAUGAGGUUGAAAGUGUGGAGAACUAUUCCAUUUGUAGAAGAUGAAUGUGUCUGUGGAACUGAAGCAGUUAAAAUAAUUUGUGGGCUGACGUAGCGGUUCUGUUGCUCCAUUUGUUUUGCACCCAUGCUGCAUGAGUUAAUCAGGUUAGAUCCCAAUUUUAUCUGUCGUUAAUAUUGGAAAUGAUUCAACAGGUAAGACCAACGCAUGAAAAGGCUCUUACUGGUAAUGAAUUCAAAAUUUCUGUUCAUACUUUCAUCAAUUUCAUCCAUUUUAAUAUUUUCUUCUGUUUGUCAUUCCACAUCUCAUGUGUAUCCAAACAUUAAGGGUAUUAUUGUGGAAACCAGAAGAACGUUGUUACCAUUUUUCUUAUCCCUUUAAUUCCAAGUUGAUUGUUGAACAA